AUUGAGCCGUUAAUAGUUAACAUAUGUGAGCUUAAAACAAACAAGAGAUUUGGUUGACCUCUUAAAUACCUGCUACUGCACUUUGAAUUAGUCUCUGGACUGAGUACUCUGAUUUUCUGAAGAAAACUUUUAAAAAGACUGUGCAUUGUUUGUUGGUUAAAAGCCAAUCGUAUAUAUUUCUAUUCCUUCUCUCAUCGAUGGAAUCUCAAUAUCACCAUUUUGGAUCGGCUGACAGCACCACUGUUAGCAGAGAGUCCAGAAACACACACACAGGUAUGAGGAGGAUACUGGUUUAUAUCCUGUACAGCGUCCUGGUGCUGCUGCUGUUGAUUCUGCUGAUGGUAACUGGGAUAAAAUUCACUCAGAUGAGCAAGGAAAUCAAUGAAGUCAAACUCCAGAUUGAGACUGUCAGCCGUCGAGUAUCCACUCCGACAUCCUAUUCAGGUGCCAAGCCUUUGCGGGACGUCUUUUUGCAAGAGCUUACCCCAGUUAGAGGAACCUGCGGGGAAGGAUGGGUGAGCUUCCGGGGAAGCUGCUACCUGAUUUCCAUCACUACAGCUACCUGGGCCAAGGCCGAGGAGACGUGCAAAUCCCACAAAGGACACCUGCUGGUUCUGAACAACGUGGAAGAACUGGACUACAUUUCAAAAGUAGCUGAUGUCCAAUUGGGAUACUGGAUUGGACUUGUGGAGCGAGGGCAGGAGGGACAGUGGAGCUGGGUGGAUGGAACAGACUACAGCUCAACGCCAACGUUCUGGGACGUAGGUCAGCCGGACGACUGGGACUUCAGGGUGAAUGGAGAGGACUGUGGGCAGCUUCACGGGGCCCAAAGACGCAAACGUAAGCUGUGGAACGACGCAGACUGCGGCCUGUCGUACCGGUACAUCUGUGAGAUGAAGGCGUGAGAGACGGGAUCUAAAAUCAGUAAAAUGCAAAGUGAUGGGAAAUCUGUUCCUGGGGACCAUCAUCACCUCCAUGAAUGACAGAAAGUGAUGAACUUGCAUGCACCAUAUUCGACAAACUUCAAUAAAUACACUGUCUUCUG